UGUGCUUAGAGUUCGUCUUCCAGCAGGCUCUGUUUGUACACAGAGAGAUAGCCCAGUGCACAGGGUGUCUUUUAAACAAUGGCUUGGGGAUUAGGGCUGUAUGCUUUCUUCCUGUGGACUAGCAUCUUUAAAGCUGCAUGCACCGAAGCUACAAACAAUGAAGUGAAUCUCUUAGAUACAUCGUCGAUCCAGGGGGAGUGGGGCUGGCUGUCAUAUCCUGCACACGGGUGGGAUGCAAUCAAUGAAAUGGACGAGUACUUCAGCCCCAUCCACACUUACCAAGUGUGCAACGUCAUGACUCCCAACCAGAACAACUGGCUCCGAACCAACUGGAUCCAGCGAGAUGGAGCCCGACGCAUUUACAUUGAGAUCAAAUUCACCCUGCGAGACUGCAAUAGCAUGCCAGGGGUCCUGGGCACCUGCAAGGAGACUUUCAACCUCUACUAUUAUGAAACUGACCGGGACAUCGGCACCAACAUUUGGGACAAUCAGUUCAUUAAAAUAGACACUAUUGCGGCAGAUGAAAGCUUCACUAGCGUGGAUCUGGGGGUGCGGCGGUUGAGGUUAAACACAGAAGUCCGGGGCGUGGGUCCGUUGGGCAAGCGGGGUUUUUACUUAGCAUUCCAGGAUAUCGGGGCCUGCAUUGCCAUCGUGUCGGUGAGGGUUUAUUACAAGAGGUGCUCAGCCAUGGUGCGGAACCUGGCCACGUUCACCGACGUGGUGACGGGGGCCGACUCCUCCUCCUUGGUGGAGGUGAGGGGGCAGUGUGUGGAUCAUGCUGAGGAGAGAGACACUCCCAAGAUGUACUGCAGCGCCGAGGGGGAGUGGCUGGUCCCGAUCGGGAGGUGCAGCUGCAGUGCAGGCUUUGAGGAGCACAGAGAUUCCUGUGUAGCAUGUGAGCCUGGCUUUUACAAGCCCUCUGCCAGAGACCAGCUCUGUGGUAAAUGUCCCCUUCACAGCCACUCUGAAAUGAGGGCAGCGUUUUUUUGUCAGUGUGACACCAACUACUACCGUGCAGCACCAGACCCACCGGCCGCACCGUGCACCAGACCUCCUUCGGCACCGGUCAAUGUGAUUUCUGCAGUAAAUGGAACAUCGGUCAGCUUGGAGUGGAGCAAGCCUUUGGACACGGGUGGGCGCACUGAUAUCCACUACAAUGUGAUCUGCCAGAAGUGCGCUUGGGAUUCGGGGCAGUGCGAGGCCUGUGGCAGCAGCGGCAGGCCAGGGGGCGGCCAGGCUGUCCGCUUCGUUCCUCAGGCAGUGGGCUUGAGCCAGCCCUGGGUGACGGUGCUGAACUUGGUAGCGCAUAUGAACUACACCUUCCGCAUUGAGGCAGUGAAUGCAGUGUCUCACCUCAGCCUACAGCCACGGCAGUCCACUGCCGUAAACGUCACCACAAACCAGGCAGCUCCCUCCCAGGUUAUUGUGAUACGGCAGGAGAACACAAGCCAGAAUAGCGUCACCUUACUGUGGCACGAACCAGACCAGCCUAACGGAGUUAUCCUGGAGUAUGAGGUCAAAUAUUUUGAAAAGGAUAAAGAACAACAGAGCUAUUCCACAUUGAAGUCAAAAAGCAGAAGUGCACGGGUGUCAGGCCUGAAGCCUGGGACUCACUAUGUCUUCCAGGUCCGAGCACGCACGUCCGCUGGCUGCGGCCGGUUCAGCCAGACCAUGGAGGUGGAGACUGGGAAAGCAGUUCCUCUUAGAUAUGACACCAUGACGAUUAUCUGGAUUUGCCUGACACUGGUUACAGGGCUGGUGAUGUUUCUAGCGAUUGUUAUCUGCCGGAAAAGGCACUGUGGAUACAGCAAAGCUUUCCAGGACCCUGAAGAGGAGAAGACGCAGUAUCAGAAUGGACACAUUACGUUUCCAGAAUCCAGGUUCUAUAUUGACCCCCAUACAUAUGAGGACCCCUGUCAAGCUGUUCGUCAGUUUGCCCGAGAAAUAGAGGCAUCAAGGAUAAAAAUUGAAAAAAUCAUCGGUUCAGGAGAGUUUGGAGAGGUUUGCUACGGCCGGAUGAAGCUGCCAGGAAAGCGUGAGAUUCCAGUGGCCCUAAAGACCCUCAAAUCUGGUUACACUGAAAAACAGAGACGCGACUUCCUGAGCGAGGCAAGCAUCAUGGCACAAUUCGACCAUCCGAACAUCAUUCGACUGGAAGGAGUUGUCACGAGAAGUAAACCAGUGAUGAUCAUAACAGAGUACAUGGAAAACGGUUCCUUGGAUUCGUUCCUCCGGAGACAUGAUGGCCAGUUCACUAUCAUCCAGCUAGUUGGGCUUCUUCGGGGGAUCGCUGCAGGCAUGAACUAUCUCUCAGACCUGGGGUACAUUCACCGGGACCUGGCUGCACGGAACAUCCUGGUCAACAGCAACCUGGUCUGUAAAGUCUCUGAUUUUGGCCUGUCUCGAGUCUUAGAAGACGAUCCUGAUGCUGCAUACACCACCAGUGGUGGAAAGAUCCCAAUCCGCUGGACAGCACCGGAGGCCAUCGCUUACCGCAAAUUCUCCUCAGCCAGUGACGUGUGGAGCUAUGGGGUGGUCAUGUGGGAGGUGACAUCCUAUGGCGAGAGACCAUACUGGAAUCUAACAAAUCGAGAUGUAAUAAAGUCCGUCGAUGAAGGGUAUCGACUGCCUGCCCCAAUGGGCUGUCCAAUAGCCCUACAUCAGCUCAUGCUGGACUGCUGGCAGAAAGACCGGAAUGAAAGGCCAAAGUUCUGCCAGAUCGUCACCAUGCUGGACAAACUGAUCCGGAACCCAGAGAACCUUAAAAUCCUGGAUUCCUUGUGCAGGCUGACCAAUCCUUUAAUGAUCAAAAGCAUCCCAGAUUUCACCCACUGCAGCACAGUAGAUGAGUGGCUAGACGUCAUUAAAAUGGGCCGCUACAGAGAGAGCUUUGCUGCCGCUGGGUAUCUAUCGCUGGGUCAUGUAAUGAGGAUGAAUCUGCAGGAUAUACAGAGGCUUGGAAUCACACUAAUGGGCCAUCAGAAGAAGAUCAUGACCAGCGUGCAGUUACUGAGGGUGCAGCUGCUGAACAUGAACAGGCCUCCAGUGCAGCUAUAAUCAAAGGCAAGGCUCUGGUAACUUUAAACUAAAUCCUUCAGGAAAGCAGCUCGGAAAUAUUGCUGGCCACAUGAGGAACAGGACGUUUGAAUGAAUGGAGUUUUAAUAACAAGAUACUGGAAGCUCCCUGGUUUUUAAAACAUAUUUAGUACCGUGUUUUGUAAAUAUACUGAAAACUGCCUUAACUAUCUCCUGAGAUAUUGGGGGGGGGGAAAUAAUGAAAUUAAACUAAAUUAAACAGGUGCCUGUUGAAAUGCUCACCAGCAAAAUAUCUGUGUUGGGAGAUGAAUGGGAGAGAAGAACUCCUUGGAAAGACAAUAAAAGACAAACAAAUAAUUAACGGCCAUUUCACUCUGUUGCUGUAUCAUAUAGUGACGUUGUCACGCACAGCGGUGGUUUAGGUUUAAAUCGUUCUUCUACUCUGUGACUAUUUUUACAUUGUGCCUCCACAACAUAAGGGAGCAAUACUAUGAGUGAAGACGACAAGUGAGUCACUGGCCUUGCACUCAUGGAUUCAUGUGUGGGUUCUGCUUCUAACCUGGGCUGUUUGAUAUCUUGUUCAAAGUUAAUUAGUGCACAAAUACUCUUCGAAAAACUGUUUUGACUUCCUCAAGAAAGUAAUUAACAAUCUGUGUUGUAUUACUUCUGUGACAUGUCACAUUUUAGCCUUUAGCCUUUCUUGUGAUAUCAAUAAAAAUGUUGUUCUGUGUGAGGUAUUUUAA